UUACAAAUAAUUAAGGUUUAUUUUAUUAUUGUUUGGAUGAGUUGAGAUGUUAGCUUUGAAGAUUGGGAUAAAAUAUAUGAAAUGGCUUGCAUAUUAGUUAAAAUUUAGAAAUAUUUUCAUUAAAAAUCAAAGUUUCGAUAACUCACAAUAUGUAUGGGGUUAAUUUGUUGUAAAUAGUUAACUUGGUCAACUCAGUGAACAACCUCCUAAUCCAUCAAUAUUCGAGUGAGAACUGCAAAUCUGAGGUGUUAGAUUCGAGUUACAAUAAACUCCAUGCUUUCUCUUGUAUGUAGUACUUGUCCAACCUUGUGUUGAUGUUGUACGAUUUGUUUUGGCUCGAUAAAGGUCUAGUGCGAUCAAAGAAUAAUGACUAGUGAGCGAUGCGUCGAAGAAGUAGAAAGAAGUUUAGAUGGAUGAAUGCAAAGGAUGGAACUGUGUAAAACUUAGUGAAAAUGAAUGAAAAGUACUUAUUUCAUUAGAAAAAAUUGAGUCUGUCAAUUCCAGAAAGUAAAUCUAUCAGUAAGCAAGAACCAACUAUUCUCAAUCAUAAGGUUCCUGCCAACAAGAUUAAAGCCAUGAUAAAACCAAAGAACACAAGCAGCAUCAGCUAAUCUAAAUUCGUGGGGGGAAGAGAUUCAUUGAAGUAAAUAAUAGUAGAAGAAUACAUCAGAGACCAGGUAUACAUGGAGAAAAAAAAAUCGUUCACUACCCAAUUAAAAGAAGUUCGCCAUUUCUUUCCUCUCUGAACAUGAUUAUACAAAUCCCCUGGGACUUAAAAAAAAAGAAGAUCAAAGUCCAUUCUCAGCAAUUAGUAUCAGAAUUUCCUUUCCUGGGCUUUCCCCCACCCCCUUCAGGAAACAGCCACUCUACAGACAUGAUGGAAGAGAGUUUUCUUACUUAAUCUCAGUGCUCCAAAGCACUGCGAAUGGAGACUGGAGGAUCUACGACGCUGCCUCUCGAUAUAAGAUCAUGAUUCAAGAACAAAACUAUGACUGUUAUGUCGUCGUGGAAAUGGCGCCUCACCUUCUUGUCGAUCUUCCUCAAGUCAGAGUACCUCAUCUCCCUUUUUCUCGCUGCUUCUUGGAGUGCCGCCUUCACCAGUCUCUUCGCGCUCCCCUGCAACAAGGCAAUGAGCUUGCUGUUACGAGGGACAAAACAUGUUUCAUCAUUGGUUCUGAGUCAUGCCAGUUAUAAUACCACAUAGCAAACCUCCAAGCAAAGUUGUGUUCCUAGUUAUAUCUAUGAAGGAGCAGCCAAGGGACGGCCGAGUGCCAUCAAGGAAAAAUGCACAAACGGAACAUCAUCAACAAAGUUAGGGGGUGUACAAUUGUCGGUUUGGUUGGAUUUGACCCUUUUCAACCUACCGACGCAUGAACUUUCAUUUAGCUAACAAGAAAUCAAAACCCUCGUG